ACGGCCCGACUUCCGGCGCCUGCUUCCGGCGGGGCCAGGCGACCUCCGCGGGGCCAGGCGGGUGGCGAGUCGGGGCCGCGGCGGCGGCGUCCACGCUGCGGCCGCGCUUGCUUGCAGCCCUCAGCCCCGCGCUCCGGCCCCGCGCCGCCAUGGGCAAGAAGCACAAGAAGCACAAGACCGAGUGGCGCUCGUCCUACGAGGAUUAUGCAGACAAGCCCUUGGAGAAGCCCCUGAAGCUGGUUCUCAAGGUUGGAGGAAGUGAAGUGACUGAGCUGUCGGGGUCUGGGCACGACUCCAGUUAUUACGAUGACAGGUCAGACCACGAGCGAGAGCGACACAAGGAAAAGAAGAAGAAGAAGAAGAAGAAAUCCGAGAAGGAGAAGCACCUUGACGACGAAGAAAGAAGGAAAAGAAAGGAAGAGAAGAAGCGGAAACGGGAAAAGGAGCAUGGCGACUCGGAGGGGGAGGCCGACGACUUUGAUCCCGGCAAGAAGGUGGAGGUGGAGCCGCCCCCCGACAGGCCUGUGCGAGCGUGCCGGACACAGCCAGCCGAGAACGAGAGCACACCGAUUCAGCAGUUACUAGAGCAUUUUCUCCGCCAGCUCCAGAGAAAAGAUCCUCAUGGAUUUUUUGCUUUUCCUGUCACGGAUGCAAUUGCUCCCGGAUACUCCAUGAUAAUAAAACAUCCCAUGGACUUUGGUACAAUGAAAGACAAGAUUGUAGCCAACGAAUACAAAUCAGUCACAGAAUUUAAGGCGGAUUUCAAACUGAUGUGUGAUAACGCGAUGACCUACAACAGACCAGACACUGUGUACUACAAGUUAGCUAAGAAGAUCCUUCACGCAGGCUUUAAGAUGAUGAGCAAAGAGCGGCUGUUAGCUCUGAAGCGCAGCAUGUCGUUUAUGCAGGACGUGGAUUUUUCUCAGCAGGCAGCUCUUCUGGGCAACGAAGACACAGCCGUUGAGGAGCCCGUUCCUGAAGCGGCACCCGUACAAGUAGAAACUGCCAAGAAAUCCAAAAGGCCGAGUAGAGAAGUUAUCAGCUGCACGUUUGAGCCGGAAGGAAAUGCCUGCAGCCUGACUGACAGCACGGCAGAGGAGCACGUGCUGGCCUUGGUGGAGCACGCAGCUGACGAGGCUCGGGACAGGAUCAGCCGGCUCCUCCCGGGGGGCAAGAUGGGCUAUCUGAAGAAGGACAGUGACGGCAGCUUGCUCUACAGCGUGGUCAACACGGCCGAGCCGGAUGCCGACGAGGAGGAGACCCACCCUGUGGACCUGAGCUCGCUCUCCAGCAAGCUGCUCCCCGGCUUUACCACACUGGGCUUCAAGGAUGAGAGAAGGGGCAAAGUCACUUUUCUCUCCAGCACCACUACCGCGCUUUCAAUGCACAGCAAUUCCGUGUUCGGCGACUUAAAGUCGGAGGAGAUAGACCUGCUGUAUUCCGCCUACGGGGAUGAGACGGGUGUGCAGUGUGCGCUGAGCCUGCAGGAGUUCGUGAAGGAUGCUGGGAGCUACAGCAAGAAGAUGGUGGACGACCUCCUGGACCAGAUCACCGGCGGGGACCACUCGCGGAUGCUGUUCCAGCUGAGGCAGAUGUCGCGUCUGCCCCCACCCCACACUCGUCGCUUCUCCAGGACUCUGACUCGCGGCUGGCAUCCUGGCCUGUCCCGAGUGCCGCUAACGCUCAGCUCCUUUCUCAGUCUCUCGUCCCUCCCUCAGGGGUGAAUGCUGUCUGUUGCCGUGGCUUCAAGUUGAGUGAUCUGUUUUUGUGCCGCGGCCACAUUUGCUGUUAAGCUCAGCCAGUGAAGGUUUCCUUUGAGACGCCGUGUUGUAGGUCUAGGCUCUGUUUCUUCCUUCUUAGGCCUUCCCUUUCACGGUAUGUUCGUGCUUUCCUUUAAAUUUUUGGACCUGUUUCUCAUAUCUCCCACAGCCGCUUUGAAAGUCCUUACCCACCAAUUCUGUCAUCUCUGCCAUUCCUGGAUUUGCCUUUUGGUAGAUUUUCCUCUGCUUACUGUCCACAGUUUGCUGCUUUAUUGUUUGACUGGGCCCCGGGCAUUACAUUGUCGAGUCUCUGCUGUCUGGACUGUGCUAUUACUGCCGCCAGCAGUCAUAAGUGACUGGCGGAAAUAGGACUGUGGUUAGUCUGAAUUAGAUAUGAUGAGAAUGUGAGCUGCGGACCAGAAUUUUAGAGACUGGUGCGAAAAAAGAAACGUAAAACUAUUUCAUUAUUUUUUCUGGAUCUCACGUUAAAAUAAAAAAUGUCUUCAAUACGUUGGGUUAAGUGAAACGUGUCAUCGUCGACUACGGGUUAAGAUUAAUCUUAAGCAGGCUACUGGAAAGUUAGGUAGGUAUGUGCUCACGUUACAUUACUGCUGGGCGAGGCUGGCCUGGAUUUUACUGUGUUCUUUUAAGAACGUUGAUGUUCGUUUUGGCAGAGUUCUUAGGAGUCAUCUGAUUUCUUGGGAUUUGUUUUUAAUUUGGUAGGGUGGGUUUCAGCGGCCUUUAUGUUGGGUGAAUUUGGCCCUGAUCCUAAGGAAUGGCCUUUCAGGGUCUCUUCCGGUGGCCCAGGUUUCAGCGAGGUCUUGGCUGGGUGGAGUUUGGUUGUGUCUCCUCACGUGUACCUGGCCCCAUGGUGUUCGUCUGUGUGUGCACAGGGCAGUGUGCUCCGGGUUCAGCCCUCCUGGACUUGUGGAGCUCCUGCUGUGAGCUGUAUCCUCCUCUCCAGACUUUGCCACUCUUCAGUUCCGUGUGGCCACUGUGCCCCGGCUCCCGUUCUCUGCACUGUGGUCUGAAAGUUUUCCUCCUGGUGCCGCCCCUGGGCACAGUGUGUGAGGCUGUGUCUUUAUAGAGCAGGAACUCCUGAGAUGUCCUGGCCACUUGGUUUCCUUUCUAGAUUCCAGCGGGAUCACUUUUCUGAAAGUGAGCUUGCUUUACAGGAGUCACGUAAUUCCCAACGUGCUGUGGCGUUAGGUGACGUUUGAUGCUAAGACGUAUACGUUAGUGGAGACGUGCGUAUCCGUGUGGAACUGGACGUUACGAUAGCGGAGAAGUUAAUUUUCUACUAAAACUUAUAAAAACCUCAGCACAGGUGAAUCUCUAGAACGUUGUCCCAAACAAAAGAUCUCAGAUGCAAAAGCGUGCGAGUGACUGAGUGACUGUUUUGAAGGUGAAGAUCCUGCCAGAUUGCAGGACGGUGGCUCAGUAGCAUUUAGGCUUGUGAUCUCCACAUGUGGUCACAUGUGGCUGGGCGUCCCAUACAGAAUGUAGUCACACAGUAGCUGUCUUGGGUGACUCUGGGUCCCGCACAGGCUGUGGUCAUGCAGUAGUGGUCAAGUGUAAGCCUCUUGUGGACACUGCAGCCCGAGGAGAAGAUGCGUGGCCCCACAGUGCAGCCCAUCGGAGGGCAGGGGACCCUCCUCACCUAGCAGGUGGUUUCCUGAGCUGCCCCUGAGACGCAGGUACAAUGUCAGACGUUUACCUUCUGUUUGAAGCCGUCCAGGGCUGCGGAAACGCAUCGGGUGCCCUCUCCUUCACCUCCGUCCCUCCCAGGGUGCCAUCAGGGCACUCGGCCUCCCAGGGUCUUGGCCGGGCCUGCAUGAAUCGGGCCCUCUGUGGGGAGUUGGCUGUCUGUCUGAUGCUGCACCAGCUCUGAUUCACAGGGUGGUGUGAAUACCGCGAGGACAACCCCAGCAAGACUGAAUGGGCUGCUUUGAUUUACGUCUGUGUACACGAUAUGAGCGAAUCAUUCUGUAUAAAACCGUUUCGAAAACUGGCUUCUCCCGUUUU